AAGUUCAAAAAGGUGGAUCCAAAACCUCAAAAGGGAUUACUGGAGAGCAUCCCUCUCUUCACCUGACCCCGCAUAACAUGAAACGUUGCAAUUGUCGAGUCGCCCAGAAAAGAGCCGGUGAUCGGGAAGGGAGGUGCAAGGAGCUGCGGGGCGGGUCUUGGGCAGGUGUGGGCGGGCUGAGCAGCAUUUGGAAGCCCCGGCAGAGAGAGAAGAGGGGAGGAUGCUGCGGAGGAUGCGAAGUUUGUGCUGGUUGCUGCUGCUGCCGCUGGCUGUGGGAAUCCAUCCAGAAUGCAAGAUAUUCCAGCAGGUGGUAAAAGAGGAGGCACUCUGCUUAGAAAGGAAUGAAUCUGUUUCACCUGAUCUUAAAGGUUGCGCCAGAGAUUGGGAUGGUCUAAGUUGUUGGCCCAGAGCUGCUUUGGGGGAAAUAGUUAAAAUUCCUUGUCCAAGAUUUUUUGAAGAAAUCACCAAUAUCCAUGGCUUCCUUCAGAGAAACUGCACACAGGAGGCAUAUUGGUCAGAACCAUUUCCAUCAUAUGCUGUUGCUUGUGGGUUUGAUGAAGGUUCCAGCAAAGGUCCUGAGGAUCAGAAAUCAUAUUAUUCUGCAUUUUGGCGUGUCUACACUGCUGGCUAUGCAGCAUCAGUGACUUCACUCAUUACAGCUCUGAUUGUCUUUGCUGCCUUCAGAAAAUUCCAUUGUACACGGAAUUACAUCCACAUGCACCUGUUUGUCUCCUUUAUCCUGAGAGCAAUUGCUGUUUUCACCAAAGAUGCUGUUUUGUUUGCAGAUGAAACUAUGGACCACUGCCUGAUGUCAACGGUAGCUUGUAAGGCUGCAAUGGCAUUCUUCCAGUUCAGUAUUUUAGCCAAUUUCUUCUGGCUUCUUGUUGAAGGAAUAUACCUUCAGACACUGCUUUUGCUGACCUUUGUUUCGGACAAGCAAUACGUAUGGUGGUUCAUCUUUGCUGGCUGGGGAGCUCCCACUGCUGUGAUGCUUACUUGGGUUCUCACAAGACUCCAUCAACAAAACACAGGGUGUUGGGAUGAUGAUGAAAAUGAAGUGGUGUUAUGGAUCAUCAAGGGCCCCAUUCUGUUAACUGUACUGAUUAACUUUAUUAUAUUUAUUAAUGUCAUCAGAAUUCUAGUCCAUAAAUUGAAAUCUCAAGAAGGCGGGGGGAGCAAUUCAAGCCACUUUGUGAGACUUGCUAAAUCUACAUUACUCCUGAUCCCACUCUUUGGAGUGCACUACAUCGUAUUUGCAUUUUUCCCAGAGAGCACUGGUUUGGAAGCUCGACUUUACAUUGAGCUAGGCUUGGGUUCCUUUCAGGGCUUUUUUGUUGCACUUCUAUACUGCUUUUCAAAUGCAGAGGUUCAAAGUGAACUCAAGAAGCAGCUGUGUAAAUGGCGGUACCAAGAAUACCUGAGCUUCACACACAAACAUGGGACUGUGUCCAGAGAAAACAGUCCAGUCAACUACGUCACUCAGCUAUCACUGCUUGAAAAAAUCAGUCCAAAAAGGAAAACAUGUGUCUACCAGAAUGGUGUAACUUCUGUUUGAACUUAUCUAGCAGGUGAAGUUGCUGUGAAAGCACUAAGACAUGACCAGUUCGGAUUCUUCGUAGCUUUCAAAGAUUCAGUCAGUCACAGAAUAACUUGGGUAGGAAGGGACCUUAAAUAUCAUGUAGUUCCAAUCCCCUUGCCAUUGUCAGCCAUGAGAUUAGGCAGCCCAGAGCCUCAUCCAACCUGGCUUUGAGCACCUUCAGAGAUGGCGCACUCUCUGGGCACCAGUGCCAAGGCCUCACUGUCCUCUGAGUAAAGAAUUUCUUCCCAAUAUUUGACUUAAAUUUGACCUUCCCUGUCUUAUAGUCUCCCUUCAAGUGCUGAAAGCUGCACUAAGGUCUCCCUGGAGCAUUCUCUUCUCCAGGCUGAACAAGCCCAACUCCAUCAGCCUUUCUUCACAGCUGAGGUGCUUUUGUCACAUCUUUGCCAGCAUUUCCUGAAAUUUCCAGUUUUCGGGAGUUCUGUAAUUAAUCUCCAUUUGAAAGAGUUAUAGAGUGGCAACGGCUAGCAACAAUUACACUAUCUGCUCGUUGUUCUUUUUCUCUUUUGUGCCUGUACAAUGGAGAGAUUAAGUCAGGCCAGAGGACCCCAGACCUUUUCUUUUCCAUGACAAAAGCUGAAGUAACUGAACAUUAGGAAAAUUAUGUGAAUACAAAAGAGAACACACAGCGAACCUUAGGUAGGAUCCCAGCGGGUCUUCCUUGAGUUCAGAAUAAUUUCCAUCCUUUUGUUUCUGUGACCAGAGACUGGUCCUUGUGUAGCUGCAACAAACCUUAUCAUAGAAUCAUAGAAUCACCAAGGUUGGAAAAGACCUAAAAGAUCAUCCAGUCCAACUGUUCACUUACUACCAAUAGCUCCUAUUAUGUUGCAAUAUCCAUGAAAGUUAGCUGGAUCCAUCAAUUAAAACCACAGAUAAACUGCGCUUUUGUAAGUUUUUGGGUCCUCCUUUGAACAAUGAACUUAUCUUCUGUAAUUGCUGUGUUGAUUUCCCUUCUGCCUACUAUUUCUCAGCUCAUUACCUCUGCAAUGAAGAAUGUGUUUGAGGUCAGAAGUGAUGCAGAGUAUGGUCUAAUUAAUCAGUUCAAAUUAACGCUGUGCUAAUGUUACUACAUUACUUCCAUGGAGGCCUUUCUCUUUCUGUGGGACUGAGUUGGGCUCUGCAUCAAACUCUCCAAAACAGUGUACAAAAGGUAUACAGAGCACAUUUGUAGUUUAUAACAAGGUAGGACCAUUCCCAAAAGUGCCUGCAUCCAGACUUGAAAGCACUGCUAGAGAUUCUAGCCAUUCAAGUACAGGCUACACUUAUAUCAGUUUAGCAUCAAAAAGUAGAGCUCUUGUCUCUUUUUGGUUUCUAACUGAACUCUUGGCUAAUUAUUUAGGCUAGGGGACAUUUGACUUUGUGGAAAACUAUUUUUUGCUUCACCUUUAGCCUCAUGACUACAACAGAGACAAAUGCAUCUUUACACAUCAUUAAGACCACUCCUCUAUUGAUUAGGCAUGUAACUCCUCUGUCUCAAUGAAUCACAUGCCUUGCACAAGGUGUUACCCUGUCUGUUCUAACCACACUAUUAGUUUUGCUUGUAAAAGUGAACCUUACUCACAUGAUAGGUGCAUUGUGUAGCAUAGUGAUUUGAAAACAGUUGUGUGAUUUCCAGCUAUAAAAUAUAUUAAAAAAUAUUAAAACUGU